UUAAUUCAAUAAUUAUCAAAACAGAAAGUUAGAGAAGGAAGAAUGGCCAAGAAGCUUGUUGCAGUGUUUCUCAUGUUGGUGGUGGUUGUUGCAGCACUCCACAUUCGGGAGGCUGAGGCAGAAGACGGUGAUCACAAGGAAUACAAGGAGUGCUUCGGCAACUGCUUGAAGGAAUGCGAAGACGGCGACGCCCACGGUCAAACUUACUGUGAGAUGAGCUGUGACACUGAAUGUGCAAGUAAAGAGAGUGCCGAAAGGCUGAAGAAUAUCAAAGUAUGAGCUUGUUGAAUAGCCAAGGAGCAAGCACUUACAACCACAGAGGAAGAGCGAUAUACAAUAAAUUAAUUAAUGAGCUUUCAUUCCACUGAUAAUGUAUUAAUUUGUGGAGGAGUUUUUCACAUAUACAUGCAGUUUCCAUGAAUAGUGUAUUAAUUCGCAAGAUGUAAUAAAUCGUUUUUUUUUUCUUUUCUUCAACACAAAACUCUGCAAUGUUAAUUCACUUUGAUGAAAAUAAAAUUGUGAGAUGAAUCCUUCUUCGUA